AUGCCGCCUAAAAAGAGCAACACGGCCAAGAAGUCUUGUGGAGGUUCUGCCCGGAAACUUUUGGCACCUGCCGGCUCUCCUCCGGCGCCCGCAGGAUCAAAAUCGUCCACGCCAUCCUUAGAGCCAGAGGACGCUAGGAUUCCGGAAGAACACAGUAUAUGGUGUUUGAUCUGUCUCGAUGGCGCGGAAGGUGACGUUGUACUCUUUGAAUGCAACGCCUGCCCCCGCGUCAUGUGCAGCAAAUGCAUUGAGGUGCCCAAGGCGCACGUCGAUGCCGUCCAACAUCCGGACGUUAAAUUUUUAUGUCUUUCUUGUCACUCAUUGCGGACGGUUAAGGAGCCCGCGCCAUAUUUUGGCUUCUACCGUAACGUUUUGCCAGAGGAAGGAGGAACGCCUCUACUCCCAGGCUUCCUACAGCUCAACGGCAAGUAUGAGCUGGCGUCCAACUCCAUCUUGGCAGCCACACCCCUCGCCAUCGUCCAUUUUUCCCUUGGCGGCAAGGACGCAAUCUCCACACCCGUUCCACUCCUCUCGCAUUACCUCGACAAGUACUACCCCAGCGGUGGGUUUCUGUACGUCGAGAUCUCGUUCGACAUCGUUUCGUAUACGAAGAUCGACAAGUACACCCGCGACCAGGUCGAAACGGUUGCUAAGCUCGUCCGUCACCUUGGCUCAACUGGUCGGGUCUUUGCGUUUCUCUCCAACCAUUCGGAAGAAGACAGCGGUUGGCUCUUUGCAGGGAAGGAGGGUCAAGGUGAUGGAGAGUAUGUUGCGAUGCAAGUUCAGCAUGUUCUCUCUACAGUGUUGAAGCCCUACGCCAGGAUCCUCAAGUCCGCACACUUCGUCUUCCUGGAGUCCGUUCUUCAAUUCAACUUCGCAUCUGCAAUUAUCUUUCCCGCAGCUCGCUUUCAACCCCUUGUCACCACUAAUUUCUUGGUCGCCAUGGCGGAACUUGUUGCGAUUGAGCAACUCAACAUCCGCACCGUAUUUCCGACCCUCCUUAGUAUGUCAGGCGGUCUCGGUCAACACACCAGCGUCAUCCUGAUGACUCCUGUCAACAUUGAUGGUUGCUGCAAGCUGGAACUCACUACAUUCGCGCGCGCUCACACUCAGACUUCGCCUUGGGGCAUUCCUAUUCCUGCGCAAUGCCCCCAAUGUGGCUCUACCAAGAGCUGGGCUGAGAGGGUUGCUGUGACAGUUUCUGAUGAGAAUCACGACGCGCACGCCUCACACCAAGUCUCUGUUUGCCAGUACAUCUACACAUGCAAGUACACCAACUGUGGUAGCACGCAAAAGUUGCCAUGCUACAAGUUUUCUGUCACCAAGCCUCCUGGGUCCAUCAUCAACAGUGCCAGGACCAAGAACUGCGCUUGGUUCAAGUCGCCUUCUACUCAUUUUGUAUCUCAGUCUUUACCUGACUCUACCCAAGGCAAGCGCAAGAAUGAGACAGCGCCUCCUGGGACUGCAAAGAAGGCGCGCAGGUGA